ACAGUGGAAGCAGGACGCUCGCGGGCAGCAAGGUGCUCAUCUGACGUGCCGACGUCACCGGGUCUUUGACAGCACUUCCUGGAGUGGUGUUUGUUGUGGGAAACAGCCCCGGCGCUUCUGAGCUGAACUGGGGAAUUAGGCCACAUACACGGCAGGAACAGACGCGACACGCCGUUGCUUCGCUCCCACCUUCAAACAUGUGGUCGCGGCUGCCUUUGACCGCUACCAGAAAAUAAGGACAGAGGAGAAAAGAGAAAGGGGGUACGCUGGAGAGAAGGACGAGGUGGAAGAGGAAAAAAACAACAACAUAUUCUCAGAGCAGCGCAGAGCAGAGCCGCCGACAGCACGGAGCUGUCGCGAUGUUGUAACUAAACCAUGGACAGCAGGAUAAAGGAGAACCCAGAAAGAACAUUCGAUCUGGUAGUACAAGUGGCGUGCCCAUCGUCUGAAAAUGAGGAUCCAACCGUGCUGUGGAGCUUCCCCCAGGACCACACAGACCAGGAAGUUCUUCAGACAAUACCAAAGUUCUGCUUUCCCUUUGACGUGGAAAGGGUUUCCCAGAAUCAGGUGGGGCAGAACUUCACCUUUGUUCUCACAGACAUCGACAGCAAGCAGAGGUUUGGUUUCUGUCGACUCACCCAAGGCUGCCGGGUCUGCAUAUGUCUCCUCAGUUAUCUACCAUGGUUUGAAAUCUACUACAAGUUGCUGAACACACUGGCUGACUACUUAACAAAACAGCAGGAAAAUGACUUGAAUGACUUGCUGAAUUCCCUCUAUGAGCUGCCUGUGCCAAAGCCUUUCACACCAGUCAACUUGAGUGUGAAUGAGCGGUUGUGUAUUGCCACUGGGCAAGUACUGAGAGAUCAGCCAAGCAAGGAGCCGCACUCCUACUUCAUCGCCCCGGAUAUCAAUGGACUGCCAACUAUCCCAGAGAGUAGGAACCUGACGGAGUACUUUGUGGCUGUGGACAUCAACAACAUGCUCCAACUCUACGCCAGUAUGCUGCACGAACGGCGCAUCAUCAUUACCUCAAGGAAGCUUAGCACUUUAACUGCAUGCGUCCACGGUGCAGCGGCUUUGCUCUUUCCGAUGUACUGGCAGCACAUCUUCAUCCCGGUUCUGCCUCCGCAUCUUCUGGACUACUGCUGUGCUCCGAUGCCGUACUUCGUGGGAGUUCACUAUAGUCUGCUUGAGAGGGUUCGCAGUCGAUCACUGGAGGAUGUGGUCAUUCUGAAUGUGGACACGAACACCCUGGAGACCCCGUUUGAUGACCUGCACAACCUACCCAGCGACGUGGUGUCCGCUCUGAAGGGCAAGCUGAAGAAGCAGUCCACGGCAACAGGAAGUGGCGUGGCCAGGGCCUUCCUGAGAGCGCAGGCCGCUCUGUUUGGAUCGUACAGAGAUGCGCUCAGAUAUAAACCUGGAGAACCAAUCACCUUCUGCGAGGAGAGUUUUGCCAACCAUCGCUCGAGUACGAUGAAGAACUUCCUGUCCAUGGCUGUCAACCUGCAGCUCUUUAAACAGUUCAUCGACGGACGGCUGGCCAAAUUAAACGCAGGCCGCGGCUUCACCGAUGUGUUUGAAGAAGAGAUCACAGAGGGGGGCUUCUGUGGAAGUAAUUCAAGGUCCUACCAGCAGUGGAUGCACACUGUGAAGAGAGGAGGAGCAUUUUUCAACACAGCUGUGUCAAAGGCCAAGGUUCAUGCCAAGCGGGGCAUUCGGGACUUUAAGGGCAGACUUAAAGCAAGGGAAGACGAAGAAGACGGGAUGACAGUCCGUCCAGGGUCUCCCACCAGCACCAAGAGCCUGUCUCCAAGGAGACUGCAAAAGAUGAGACGGCACAACUUAAACAAGUCUCCCAUGAGCGUGGGCCCUCGAGAUCUUGGCUAUGGGCUCGACGAUGAUGAGUUGGACACUGCGAGCAAGAUCUCCUCUGAAGACAGCGGCGAGGUCCGUUCCUACACUGAAGACAGCGACGAUUCGGACUCCUUCUAUCCGGACAACGACCCGUCACCUUCCAGCCAGAUGAACCUGCUGGAGGAAAUCCUGGAUUCUCUGACCACCACAACAACAAUGGACCAAGGAAAACUCAGUGCUGCCAAGAGUUUGGACUUCUUUAGGUCCAUGGAUGACUUGGAUGACUUCAAGGUCCAGUCAAAGCCGUCGCCUUGCAGCCACUCCGCAGCUGCAGACGACAGCAGCUUUGACGGCGGCGCCGAUCACGGCGGAUGGAACAUGGGUCAGGAUGACAGCGCCGUCCAUGGAAAACACCUUCCUCCGUCCCCACGCAGGCAGCCCAACAAGAGCAGCCUGAAGGGAUCCAGAAACCUCGCAGCCUUCUCUGCAGUGAUCCCCUGCUCAGAUUUUCCUCCUUCCCUUGAUGCCAACGGCACCAAGUCGGAUCCUCCUCCCCUCUUCUCCUCUAAGUCUCGUCCCGAUUCCCACCUCAUGCCUUCGGGUCGACCUCCAGGAGACCACCGGUUGUCCUAUUCCCCCCUGCUGCUCCAUAAAGUUACACCCCCAUCCCCACCUGCGUCUCAGCCAGACUCUUCUCCGGAACCGACCAGCCGGAGUCGCACCAUCUCAGACCCUCAGCGCAACUCCGAGCCCUCCCAAACCCAGAACCAAACCGGGUCCACCGGCAUCCUGAGGAGAAAGGUCAUGUCCAAAGAGAUGGUGAAAAACUACCACGAGCGGUCGAUCCGGAGGCAGCGCAGCAGAGGAAACCACGACAGCCAGACGAGCCCAACGAAGAGCAGCCAGGUCCAGGUCCCCUGGAACAAGGAGGAGGAGGAGAGGAAGGAGGAGAAGGAGGCUCCCAAAGACAAGCUGCUGGGCUUUGGGCUGUGUCUGGGUCAGUGUGAAGGCUCGGAGACGGCUGGAGGGCCGGACCCGGGCCUGCUGGAGGAGAUAGAGUCCAUGUGUUGCCUCAGCUCAUCGCUUCACAGCAGCCUGCAUCUCUCUCAAGUCCACUGCAGCAACAGCCACCAUCAGGUCCAAGGAAAAGCCACAGAGAAGUCCUAAAGAUGACAGGAAAAGGAAAACUGACUCAGGUUCCUGUCCUCUGUUACAGCUGAUCAGCUGAUAAGGGAACGUUAUGAACAAACCUAAUAAGGGCCAAAACAAACAAAAAGCCUCAGAGCAAAGAGCUGUUCACGCCGAAAGGAAACACUGCAGAGUUCUCCAUCUGUCCUCCAUCUACUGGAAGAGAAACUUGGUCAAAUAAAUUAGUUUACAUCAAGAAUACCUCAAAAACAUGGCGGAGAGUGAGUGAAAUUAUAAAAAGCAUCCAUUUAUGAUUCAAAUCAGGAAGACAUACUGAUAAAAGGUGAAGCAAAUUUAAACGUACAUACAUUUACUAGAUAUUAUUCAUGUUUAAACUUAAUCUAUAAAAUAAAUAAGAUGCAUGAGAAUAGGUGGAGAUUUCUGCUUAGUUUCAGUUCAAUUUUCUUCAUCUGUCUGCAAAGAUCUGAACACUAGAGAUGCACUGAUCACCAUUUCCAGGCCGAUACCGAUUUCUGAUCCUCCUCCAGGUCUGAACUGCCGAAACUGUUUCUUUAUUCUGAGGACCAUAACACAUAAAGGACAAAUAAACAUGCUGCAGGUUAUUUUAUAGAGGUAUUGUUAUAAAAUAUGGCUUAUUCUACUUCAUGCUUCAAAGCAAAUAUUACAAAACAUUAUCUGAUUUUAAUAAACUAAAAGUGCAUGGUUAUCAGUUGACGUUCUGACAUUUUGUUGCAUUUAAUGAAUAGAAAAUCUCAUUUUUGAGUCUUUGGUCUGGAAAAUUGGCUGAUUCCAACGUCCAGCCGGUCGAUCGGUGCAUCUCUACUCAGCACUUUGGCUUCAUUUAUUUAAUGUCAGUACUUUGUAAGGAUUUCAAAGGGCCAAUUUCCCCUAAACACAACAUCAUGUUUCGUUGAACUCUGUGUUCUGAACAUUUCCUGCUAAAAAUUUGCACUCGUGGAUCAAUUUCUGAUAAUCACCCGUUACUACCUGGUACUAAACUGCAAAACCAGCAAGAUGCACAAUGUCCAUGCAGGCCUUUGAAACUAAUUAAACUGUGUUGGAUUCGUGAUUUUGAUCACCAUGCCUUAAGCGGACAAGUGAUUUGUUUUGAUACUGAUGUCUUAAACUUUAGAAGUCACUGCAGGUACUUUCUAGUCAGAAUCCUAAACACAGCAGUUCACAUUCACAGAGAAGUAGAUGUUCUUGAUGAGUUUUACAUUAUUUUUGUGCGAAUGUUACUCCUGUCUGUUAAGACUAAACACCUGAUGAAGCAAACAGUCGCAUGACUGAGAAAAGCCAGAGUUUUUACUUCAUUUUUCUGUGCGUUUCUGUUUCCAUCGGCCUUUUGCUGCUCUUAGCAUGUUUCUCAACGCCGGCUUUACAAAUUGAGAACAGUUGUUGGCGAACUUUGAAGGAUGUUGAUGAACCCAAUCCCACAGUCGGUCCAAAACGAGCUCCGUUCCCGUUAUUCCACCUCUCUGUGCUUUUUCCCUAACCUCUGUGUGGCACUUUGCCGUAAGGCUGUUUACGCUCUGAAGAUAUCAACCACAAAAUGGGUCAUGAAUAGCAGGAAUAUGUCGUGUUGAAGUUUUUGAAAGAUUAAUUUAAACUGUGUGGAAUCUUGUUGACAGAUAUGCUUUUGUUUCUCCUUUUUUUCUGCCUCUUUUUCUUUCUUUGUGUUUUAAUAGGAAAUGCAGCCUCUGUCUGAGUAGGAAACCCUCUGCACUGUACUGCAGUGGAGGACGAUUGUACCGUAAUGAAGCAAUACACUGCAGGUCGCUGCGUGGAUGAAAUGUGUUCAGGGUCUAAAGUAUUUUUAUAAGCGUCUCUCCUGUGGAGAGAAGCAUCCAGGGAUCCCGGCUUCGUGUCGUUCUCCCCGUCACCACAAACCCAGAGGAAGAGAAAACUCUUUCGCUCGCUCGGGUUGGGAUUACUACAUUUAUGGUCCGUUGUUCUUAUGAUUUAUGCCAGACGCCAGUCGCUGUGGCAGUUUAAUAGCGGCUGUUUCUCCACUUCUCGAGUGCUGCUCUGCGUUAACGAUUUGCCCAUAAAGUCUUUGGCGUGCUUCUAAAAAGCUAAAAAGAAUCAGUCAUGGUAAUUCCAAGAAUGGUUAAAGACAAAGAAAAAUACAAAGUCCAGAACAGUUUCUGCACUGGCCUCGCUCACUGUAAACACUUUAACAAACUUGUGUACUAUGCAAAUAUUUAGAAAUCUUAAAAGAGGCCAGUUUUCUUCACCGCUCGGGUAACUGGGAAUGUCCCAGUGAGGAAUUAUUUUCCUCCCUGAUAGUAAUCAGUAGCUUAAGAUUACUGCAUUUGCUGCCACAGAGUCUGAGCCCAAUAAGUCUUGAAAUAAUAACACACACAAGCUUAAAUAUGCCAAUUUGAUUGGUUUUGUGAUUGUGUCCAACGUAACUGACUCAUCAGUGAUGUGCCAGACAGCAACGGCUAUUUUUAUCCAACCGGUUUUUAAGCGUCUGUAAUGAACUCAUGUUUUACUCCUGCUUAUGAUAGCCAUUGUUUAGUCCGGUUUGCUGAGAUGCUAGGCUAACACUAGCAUGUUUACCCUGGUUUCGUAAUUUAUUGAUGCAUUUGACGGCUAUCCAAUCCCAACUGGACUUUGUGGAUGAGAUCUGACUCCAGUUACUGUUACAGAAGUUGACAAAGCCACGUCUUGCUCCUGCUGAUGAGACGCUCAUCUGAAGUCCUGAAGUGCUCGGCUAAUGCUAGCAUGUUUACUCUUUGUUUGAUAUUAUUAUUUGCUGAUAAUUUGACAGAUAUUUUGUCCUAGUUGUUUCUAAUUUGCAUCUUACUCAGCAUACAGUUAGUCUUCAGGAAACUCGCCUCUUGCUCUUGGUAAUGAGCUUUUCAUGUCAAGCAGUUUGCUAGUAUGGUAGGCUAAUGCUACCACACUAGCAUGUCUAAACUUUACUUAACUAGUCCUCUAAAGCUGAUUCUGAAGUCAGUUCUGACUGAACUUGCUAAAUGCAGCUCACAUUUUAUUCCUGCUGAUGAUUUGUUUUUAAUGCAUAGCAGGCUACUGUUAGCUAGCUUAGUCUUUGUUUUGCUUCGUCUUGACUAUGUGAAACAUAUUUUAACCCUAUUUGAGUUUGUAAAGUCACAGCUACCCUCUUCAAUAAAACCACAUCUUGCUCAUACUGACAACUUUUUCAUGUGAAGAACUUAGACAUGCUAGGUUAACACGCGCAUGUUUUCUGGUUACAUACUGUAUUUGGUGGUGUUGACAAAAUUUACAGAAAAAUGAUUUCUUGGAUUACAAACUUAAAACAACAUUCAUUUUAAUGUCUAGUGUUUCUGCUGUUCUUAACAUUGACAGACGUCUGUGUACUGCACACAACACAGACUGGAACAAGCAGCAUCCAAUACAGUCUCUAUUUGACUCUGAGCGUCUUUGCAAAGGCUGAAAGGCGCUUUAUUUUUGAGAUUAAAACUGUUUUGCAAACUGCACAUGAAAUUAGGUGUUGAAUUUUAAAAAUCAGCAGCAUGGUUUGCUCGAAGCGGCGCCGUGGUAUCGGGAGUCAAGUCGGAUACAGAUUAUUGAAAAUGCUGAGAUCAGGAGCCCAUCUCUUACAAAGACAUCCCUCAAAAAAAAAAAACUUUUAACGUGUGUGAGUUGACCUUUACGGAUGUAGUGUGCUGUGUGCCUUAUGCAGAACGUACCUCUCUGUGUAAUCACAACAUGGCACAGCAUGACCAACUUUAUUGUGGUAGGAACAGAGCAUGUUGGGUUUUAAUCAACAGGAAAUCCCCCAAAAUGAACUCUGGUGUCUUGUUCUCACGGCUGUGGUGAGUUUUAGUUUUUUUUCUCUUCUGCGUUGGGGUUUGGAAAUCUUCCUGCUCGUAUUUAAAAUAAAAAAAGUACUUUUAUUUUUUUGUUCUUCUUUUGUAAACUGAAUAUUUUCUCUGAUUGUACUCAUGGGUUAAACUGCUUGUAUAGUUUGUGUGCAUUUUCUUUUCCAUUUCACUUUAACAUCUUCCUUUGAGUGGAUUGAAUUUAAAAAAAAUCUAUCAUUUUCAGAGUUUCUCUAGUUGAUUUCAUAUGGAUAAAAAAAAUUAUUUUCAACUGAAUAGAUGUGUAUUUUUUCUGGCUUGAAUAUAUUUUACAUGGAUUAAAUAUAUAUAUAUGAAAUAUACGUUUAUGAUUGGUGUUGCGUAUUGUAAAGAGAUGACACCUGAGCUUUGAAUGUUGGAGAUUUUAUUUUUGGAAAACGAAGAGAACAUUAAGAAAUGUCCCAUGUAGCUGUGAUAACGGUGCAGAAGGAUGUGAUGACUUCUGAUCAGAGGAAACGGAGGCCGAUGGUUGUUUGUACGUGAUGCAGUGCUCACUGUGUGUAACCUGCAUGUUGGUACUGUACACUCUGUCGUGUGUCUGUCCUGUUGGUACUCAUAUUAUUUCAGUAUUUAAAGCCUCCAUAAAAUCCGUGUAAUUCUCUCCGUGCUUCACAUUAAAUUAGAAGUCGCCCGCUGCACGUUUUUCCUGUCGGGAAACAGAUUUCUGCUGUUUCCUUGUUCCGCUCUGCAUCCGAUUAGGGCGCGCUGUGGGAGGACAGGCCCACUUCAAAAGCUUUAGUGACUUAGGUCCUGAAACCGAGACGGAUUUUACAUUUCAGGGUUAAGAUGACACUGUGUGAUGCUCACGGUAAUUAUAUAGAUUUUGUUUUAUAAUUACAGGUUUGGAGUGAGUGGGGGGGGCGGAUGCCUGAUGUAGCAGCUUUCACUGAAUAAUGGACCAUGUUGGCAAACAUUAACGUCAUUUUUCCUGUCCGUGUUUGAAGCCGGUGUCAGUGUAGUGACCGUCACGCUGAAUGUUACAGUCAGCAGCUUCCUUCAGAUUGGCCUCUUCAUCAGGAUUAACUCUUUGGUUAUGAUGUUUUCGGUUUUGUUUUGGGUUUUUUUUUGUAAUAUUUUUUUCUAUUUUUUUUUUCAUGGUGUGCACUUUUGCAUGUGUCACAGCUGAGGCCAAUCUAAUGUGCUACUGAUGAGUAACCUGGUACAGCAGCACACAAUGUACACACUGUGAACAGGAAAUAAACAAUGUUUCAUGCUC